GGUUGGCAUCACUUUUCUAACAACUUCAGUCAAGUCGCUACUUGAUGACUCGUUUUGUUGUUCUUCGUUUAACUCCGUCUGCGGGCUGCUUGUAUUAUUUUUUAUAUGAGACUCGUGUGUGCACUUCUGAGACAAAAGAAAAGAGAGAAAGAAAGACAGUGAUAAAAAAGGAGUGUUGAUAAAAAGGAGCCCCCACAGUUCCCAUGGCCAUGCAUUGAAGUGUCUAAUUGCCUCCAGCACAUUCAUUCAGAAGUGACUCUUAGAAGAGAAGAGCAGAAACUUGGGGACAGAGAGAGAAGAGUUUUCCACAGAGCAAUGACCUCAGCCAAAGAUGAAGGCAUGAAUGAACAAGUGACACACACUAAACAGAAAGACUGUGAUGGGGGCACACCUGGGGAUUUUGACGUGAAGGUGGAGAAUUGUGAAGGAAGAAUCUGCGUUUUUAAAGAGGAGGAGUGUAAGGAGGAGAUUGUUGAAGUUAAAGUGGAGGAUUUUGAAGAUUCCUCAGUUAGCCUUGAAGUGCAAAGUUUUGAAACUGGAAACGUUUUCAAACAAGAAGAAUGUCACUCCAGUUUCCAGCAUUGGGCCACUGAUACUGGACAAUGGGCUACUCAACCGAAUUCUGUGCAACUGAAAAGGGAGUUUUCUGAGUUUGAGGAGAAAAACACUGAAGGAAAUGGGAGACGAUCUGAAGAGAAGCCAUCACCUGGGAGUGUUGGAAUAAGUAUUAAGGAGAGUUGUCUCUUCUCUACAUCUUCAUUUGCUCAGCUCGCUCUUCAGUACAAACUGCAACAGAAAGACGACAAGGAGAAAAUAAAUAAUUCAACAAGAGGAUUUGAGAAUUUGACAGCAGCCACUUUCCAGUGUAGUUCUCUUGCUGCUGUCAAAACAACACAAAAAGAAGCCAUCGACAUUGAACACCACCAUGUGUAUAGCACAGACCAAGAGGCUUUAUACACCAGCAGAGAGCACGGAAGAAGUUUUCAAAACAAAUCUGACCAGAAAGAUAAGGUGAUUCAUACUAUUCAGAAGCCUUACUCCUGCUCUGAAUGUGGCAAAUUAUUUUCACACAAAAGCAGCCUAAACAGGCAUAAAAGAAUUCACACGGGAGAAAAGCCCCACUGCUGCCCAGAGUGUGGCAAACGAUUUCCCCGUAACAGCGCUCUUCAGCAGCACAUACGUGUUCAUACUCAAGAGAGGUCAUACAGCUGCGCUGAAUGUGGCAAAAGAUUUUCUCGUAACAGCAGUCUUCAGAAUCAUAAAAGAAUUCAUACUGGAGACAAGCCGUACUGUUGUUCCGAAUGUGGUAAAGUAUUCUCAAAGUUAAGUCAUUUUCACAACCAUUUGAAAAUUCACAGUGGAGAGAAGCCUUAUUGUUGUAGUGAAUGUGGAAAACGGUUCAUACAAGGAAGCAGCCUACGGCGGCAUAUCAGGAUUCACACUGGAGAGAAGCCGCACAGUUGUUUGGAAUGUGGCAAACGAUUCUCAAGACUCAGUGACCUUCGGACCCACACCAGAAUCCACACUGGAGAAAAGCCAUACAGCUGUUCAGAAUGUGGCAAACAGUUCUCCAUGAGCAGCGCUCUUUGGCGGCACACACGAGUUCACACUGGAGAGAAGCCAUACUGCUGUUCCGAAUGCGGCAAACGAUUCUCUGAGAAAGACAGUCUUCUGAAACAUGCACGUAUUCAUACAGGUGAGAAGCCAUAUUACUGUUCUGAGUGUGGUAAACGGUUUUCACAAAGAAGGGGCCUUCACUACCACUCAAAAAUGCACACUGGAGAGAAAAGAAUCAGAGCGGAACUAAUUGUGGAAAAACCCAACUGGACGAUUAUUUUAAAUCAUCAUCGACGGCUAUCCUUGGAGUCGCGCCUUGAUGACUCCUUUUGUUGUCGCCUGCCAUGUGAAUCGCGUGUCUGCGUUUUCUAUCGGAGAUUAGAGCGAGCAGCAGAAGAAGAAGAGAUAAGAGGAGCUAGGAGAAGAGUCGAUAAAAAAAAAGAAGCUUCCAUCCCAUGCAGUGAGUUAUCUUAUGUGCUUCUGGCUUUGGGAGGGCCACUUGUGGAGAAAGGAAGAGUUUUACAUGAGAGUAUGGCCUCCACCCAAGAGGAUGAUACGGAGAAAGGAGUAGCCCACAUUAAGAAAGAGGAUUGUGAGUGGGCUGCCUUGACAGAUUGGCACGUCAAGUCCGAAGAAUGUGAAGGAAGAAUUCCAGUUUUCAAAGAGGAGGAGAACAAGGAGAAGACUAUCGAGAUUAAAGUUGAGGAUUCAGACGAUUUCCCGUUUAGUCUUGGGCUGCAAAAGAGUUUCAAGCAAGAUGUCGGGGAAGAGUUUCACUCCAGCGCACAGCCCUGGGUCACGAAUACGGGACAACUGCCUACCCAACAGAGUCCUAUGGGACUGAAAUCGGAGUCAUCGGAGUCUGAAGAGAAAAUCAAUGAAGGAAACGAGAGAGAAAAAGAAGAAGAGCAGCACUCGUCUAGGAGUGUGGGAAUAAAUUUCCAGGAGAAUGGCAGCUUCUCCUCAUCUCCACCUGCUGAAACUUCUCUUCAGUGCAGACUGCAACAGAAACUGGACAGGGAGAAGAUGAAGAAAUCAACAGGAGGAUCAGAAAAUUUGACAGCAGCCUCUAUUAAGUGUAACUCUCUUCCUGUGAGUGGAGCCAUCGAUACUGAGCGACAACAAGGGCAAAAGGCUUUGUGUGCUAGCCAAGACUGUGGAAAAACUUUUACAAACACAUCUGACCGUGAAGAUCACAAGUCGGUUCAUACAAGACAAAAGCCAUAUGCCUGUUCUGAAUGUGGCAAACGAUUCAUUAAUAACAGCAGUCUUCAGAUACAUGCAAGAAUCCAUACUGGAGAGAAGCCAUAUGACUGUUCUGAAUGUGGUAAACGGUUUAUUAAAAGUUCCAGUCUCCAAAGACAUAAAAGAAUCCACUCUGGAGAAAAGCCCUAUGGCUGUGUUGAAUGUGGAAAACGGUUCUUUCAAAGUAACACCCUGCAGAAUCAUGUAAGAAUUCACUCAGGAGAGAAGCCAUAUUGCUGUUCUGAAUGUGGAAAAAGAUUCCUCCGAAAUGGCAGUCUUCAGGCACAUGUAAGUAUUCAUACUGGAGAAAAGCCUUAUUGCUGCUCUGAAUGUGGCAAGCGAUUUUCUAAAAAUCGCCGUCUCCAAACACAUAUAAGGAUGCAUACUGGAGAAAAGCCCUAUGGCUGUGCUGAAUGUGGCAAAAGAUUCCCUGACAGUAGUACUCUUCAGAGCCACAAAAGAGUUCAUACCGAAGAAAAGCCAUAUGGUUGUGCUGAAUGUGGAAAAAGAUUUAUUAAAAAUAUCUACCUUCAGACCCACAUAAGAGUUCAUACUGGAGAGAAGCCAUAUUGCUGCUCUGAGUGUGGCAAACGCUUUUCUAACAGUCACGGCCUCCAAACUCAUAAACGAAUUCAUACUGGAGAAAAGCUGUAUGGCUGCUCUGAAUGUGGCAAAAGGUUUUUUCACAAACGUAGUCUCCAAUCACAUUCAAGAAUCCAUACUGGAGAAAAACCUUAUGAUUGUGCUGAAUGUGGAAAAAGCUUCAUUCACCGUAACACUCUUCAGAGCCACAUGAAAAUUCAUACUGGGGAAAAGCCAUAUUGCUGCUCUGACUGUGGCAAAAGAUUCCUCUAUAAUGACACUCUUCAGGCACACAUGGGAACCCAUACUGGAGAAAAACCUCAUUGCUGCCCCGAAUGUGGCAAACGUUUUUCUUACAGUCGUAGUCUUCAAACACAUUUAAGAAUCCACAGUGGAGAAAAGCCAUAUGUCUGUUCAGAAUGUGGCAAAAGAUUCCUUAAAAGUAGCCAUCUUCAGAGGCACAAUAUAAUUCAUUCCGGGGAAAAGCCAUAUUGCUGUCGUGAUUGUGGCAAACGAUUCACGCAGAGUAGCUCUCUUCUGAAGCACAUGCGAAUUCAUGCUGGAGAUAAGCCAUAUUGCUGUUCUGAAUGUGGCAAACAAUUAUCUGACAGUUACAGUCUCCAAACACAUAAAAGAAUCCAUACUGGAGAAAAGCCCUAUGUCUGUACAGAAUGUGGCAAAAGCUACAUCAAAAGUAGCCAUCUUCAGAGGCACAAUCUAAUUCAUUCUGGGCAAAAGCCAUAUUGCUGUCCUGAAUGUGGCAAACAAUUCACCCAGAGUAGUUCUCUUUUGAAACAUUCACGAAUUCAUGCUGGAGCGAAGACAUAUUGCUGCUCUGAAUGUGGCAAACAAUUCUAUGACAGUUAUGGCCUCCAAAGACACACAAACACACACACUCGGAAAAAGAAACAAAGUGCCAAGAAGUGCAAUCCAACAUAUGCCAAACGUGGAAUAAAACAACAGAAAUAGUGCCAGUCAUCCUGGGAUCCAGUUUCAGGCCCAUUUUGACACCCUACUUAUUACCAUAAUUCCAUAUUAAUUGCAAAAUGAAGCAUUUUUAGCAACAAUGCAGGUGCUACACUGAGCCCUCGCUGCACACUUAAGGGAGGACAAAAUAAUGCAGUUCAUCUGAACUGUCCUGAAUAAAGACUGAGGUUCACUCCUGGGUUGGUAGUAAACACGUCAAGACAAAUUGGCAACAUUAAACCUGAGAGAUGCUGUUUGACUGUCCUGAACAUCCAUCCAUUUUCCAACCCGCUGAAUCCGAACACAGGGUCAUGGAGGUCUGCUGGAGCCAAUCCCAGCCAACACAGGGCACAAUGCAGGAACCAAUCCCAGGCAGGGUGCCAACCCACCGCAGGACACACACAAACACACACUAGGGCCAAUUUAGAAUCGCCAGUCCACCUAACCUGCAUGUCUUUGGACUGUGGGAGGAAACUGUCCUGAACAUGAAAUGAGAUUUUAGAGAAAGUCUCCAUCUUCGGAGAAACACAAGGAUUCAUACUGGAGAGGAAAAAAAAAACUGAAAGACGAGCUGCAUGGCAGAUGGUAGCAUGAUUGAGUAGCUCCAGGGGACCACUGGCUUUUUAGCUGGCUUUUGUCAAAUUUUCCUCCCAGUAUCAGAUAGCAGUUAUUCAGUUUCUUAACUUUUGCUGUUAUCAGCUAUGUCCUUAUCCAGAAGGUUUCAUGUGGAUGCUUCAAACCUUAUAAAGAAAGAACUCCACAUUGAGACCUGCUCUGGCACUGAAGCUGGUAAUCCUACCAUGGCUGACCCUAUCUGUCUCAUUAGUUUUAAAGAAAUUGUGAAGAAAGGCGAUCCAAUAGAGUUUUUGGCCAGAACAUUCCCCUGCCUUGAAAACGUUUCCACAACUGUGGAACGGUACCACAGGAUUUAUUUCUCCCAAGGCUGACUCGGGCCAUUCACGGCCUCUUUAUAGUGUGACAUGCAGACCAUGUGAUGGCUUUUCAUGAGGCCAAAAAAUACCCUGAUUUAUCCAUUAAAGGCCAUCAAGUUCAUCUUUUGCUCAGACUUUAGUCCUUUCACAGUACAAGCACAAAAGACGAUGAGCCCAGUCAUAAGAGCUGCUCGCAGCACAGGGCUUCAGAUAUUUCUUCUCUCUAAAAACCUGUCUUAUGGAUCGAGUUCUGUGAAAUUCAUUGAACUGAAUAAAGCCACAGGGGCCAUUAAUGGCUUCCAGGCUACUGGCAUCUUCUCUUCAUAACAGCCUUUUCUUCUGGAGUCACACACAAGCCUGCAAGCCCUUCCAGCUCAAGAUGGAUUAUGCACAGACUCUUUAAUAUUUUUUAAUCUUUGUGUUGGGACAGUUCAAGCCAUCUGUGUCUGUUAAUGUUUAUCAUUUCAAUCAUUGACUGACAUUCUUUGUUGAAUUUUCAUUAUGGGGAGUUUACUAGUUGAUCAGCCAGGAUUGAGUGUGAGGUCUGUUUAUUUUAUGUGCCUGCCAGGUUAUGGCGGUGGUCUCCAUGCUGUCUCACAACGUUUCAGCCUUUGGCAGCCACAUGCAGCAAAACAUGCAUACCCACUCCUGACAUGGUCUCCAGCAGGUUUUUAUAUUUUACUUACAGGGGAUUCUGUUCAUUUUUCAAUUUUUAUACGCCAUAUUGUGAUGCUUGGGGUGGGCUUGGUAGCUGCAAAUUCUAAAAAAUAUCUGUGUAUUUUCUUGUGGGGUUCUUCUUCAGGUGCUUUGGGGUGAGAUGUGGGGGUUCAGCUGGGUUAAAUUCCAUGGUGAGGUUAAGGGGGCUAGGAUUCUGGGUGGGUCUGAUGUAAGGAACCUUCAGAGUGUGUGUGGCUAGAAAAUAGGUGAGUAGGCACCGGUGCAGCUGUGUGGUUUCUCAAUAUGUCCUCACAGGUGGCGCAGUGGUAGUGCUGCUGC